UGAUGGAGAAACACAAGUUGCUAUAGUAAGUUAUAAAAUUCUGGUAUUCAUCCAAAAUACGUACAUAGUUUUUCAUUUUAUUUUUUAUACCGACAAUUUGUAUAAUUAGGACAAACUUCAAGAAUCUAUUGAUAAUUCACCUGAAACUGCCAAAGAAACAUUUCACUCACUAUUUGGGAAAGAAAAGCCUGGUAGUGUUCGUUGUCAUGGAAAAACUGCCACACCAUCAUCAUUAAGGAAAAAAGAAGAAAUUUCUUUAGUGAAAAAGCAAUAUGAUGGGAAAAUUGCUGACAUGUCACAGAAGAUGGGAGCAAUGGAAGCACUUUUAAAAAACAUGUACAUGCAACAAAAUCCACAUUUAAGUGAAGAAGAUGUAGAUAAUAUGAUUAGAAAUACUUUACAUGGUGAUGAUAAUAGUCCAAUAGCACGUUCGUCGACAUCGACAUAUGCUCCUGCUCAUCUUAAGGUUAGAAAUGAAAAUGAUCAUGAUCAAGAUGAUGAUGAUCCUCAAGAUGAUGAUAAUCCUCAAGAUGAUGAUGAUGCUGCUGCUUAUGAUCAAGAAGAUAAUCUUGAUUGUUCUCAAAAUGAUCCUCAAGAUGAUGAAUUUCAAGAUGGUGAUGAAGACCAAUAUUGAUUCAAGCAUGGAAGAUUAUGUUUUGCUUUUUGUAACAAGUUAACUUGUAGUUUAUUUCGUUUUGAUCUAUUUUGUAAAGUUAACUUCUACUUUAUAUCGCAUGGAUCUAUCUUGAAAAAUACAUUAUGUACCAUGUGUAUUAUGCAAAUUAGAAUAUUAUUGACAAUUACAUAAUUAGACUU